UUCAACAUUCAGUUACCGACCUGAAUGUUGUUGGUAUCUGUGGGGUAGUUUGAUACAAGAUCACCAUUUACCAUUUUUAUUUUCUGUGAUCCAAGCAUAUACGGAAUAGGUUAGGCAGGUUUUCAGUGUGCUGAUUGUUAGUUCAGUUAAUUGUGUAAGUAAGUGAAAUUGCAGUUUCGUUUCCAAGCAUCUACGGAAUAGGCUGGGCAGGUGUUCAGUGCGCUGAUUGUUAGUUCUGUUAACUGUGAUAAGUUGAAUAUAGUUCUUGGUAUUUGAAGCAAGGUAAUUUACGGAUUACAACGGCAGAACCACAUAAAAAACGGUCUCGGAAGAUGGCGGAGACGGAAGCCUUGAAAAAUAUGGUGUUAAGCUUUAGAGUGUCAGAACUUCAGAUGCUUUUAGGCUUUGCUGGUCGUAACAAAUCAGGGAGGAAGACUGAAUUACAGGCUAGAGCUGUGGAGUUACUGCGACUACGGUCUACUCCUGUUCAGAUGAAGAUUAAGGACUUAUAUAAGUCUAUUCAACAAGGUCAGGCUAGUGGAUUAGGGCCCGUACAACAACAAACAAAUCCUGCUACAGCAGCAUCAGCGCCAUCCGCACCGUCAUCUGCAGCUAGCAGAGACCUGCAGGCAGCUCAUAAUAAUACAAUGCAGCAACACACCCAGCCUCAACAGCGAAACGUAGUUUACCAGCAAGCUGCUUACACCGGACAAAGUUCUGACAGGCAGAUUCAGCCGCCUCGCAGUAUGUAUCCCGGUAACAUGUACCAGUACCAGCCGAAAGCAUCUCCACCCGCCUCAGCAGCUAGCAACUAUCCGGUGCAUCCAGAUGUCAGAUUUAAACACCUACCUUUUUUUGAUUUGAUGGGAGAACUGUUGAAACCAUCAAGCCUUGUUCCACAAGGCACGCAGAGGUUACAGGAGGGAAAUUUUGUAUUCCAUCUCACUCCUCAGCAAGCCACAGAUAUCGCUAGUUCAAGAGAUUUGCGACCUGGAACAAAGAUGGAGUAUGCUAUUCAGGUGCAGAUGAGAUUCUGCCUGCUCGAAACAUCUUGCGAGCAAGAUGAUUUCUUCCCUCCCGGCAUCUGCGUUAAAGUGAACGGCAAGAUGUGCCCUUUGCCUAACCCCAUUCCAACAAAUAAGCCUGGUGUUGAACCGAAACGGCCACCACGCCCAGUAAACAUUACGACCAUGGUAAAGCUGAGUCCUACAGUGGCUAACCACAUUACUGUGUCAUGGAACACAGAGUAUGGACGUGGUUAUGCUAUUGCAGUGUACCUAGUUCGAAAGUUGACAUCUUCAGAAUUGUUGCAGAGAUUGAAGACGAGAGGUGUGAGGCAUUCUGACUUCACGAGAGGUCUCAUCAAGGAGAAGCUGGCAGAGGACGCAGAUUGCGAGAUAGCCACUACCUCGUUACGCGUGUCCCUGGUAUGUCCGCUCGGUAAGAUGCGGAUGAGUACGCCGUGCCGCGCCUCCACGUGCUAUCAUUUGCAAUGUUUUGAUGCAUCUUUAUACUUGCAAAUGAAUGAGAGGAAGCCAACGUGGAUGUGUCCAGUUUGUGACAAGCCAGCAUUGUAUGAUAACCUCGUCAUAGACGGAUAUUUUCAGCAAGUGCUCCUGUCUGGCAAACUUUCAACAGAUGGCAAUGAAAUUCAGCUGCAUCAAGAUGGUUCCUGGUCUUCGUUAAUCGUGAAGAAAGAACAGACCCGCGUGUUGUCUCCAGUGCCACAAGAGAAACCUGUAGUGAAAAUUGAGACACUUUCUGAUGAACUAGAAGUUAUCCAACCUCCACGAAAGGAGGAACCAAAAAAGAAAGCGACUGUAAUUGAUUUAACGUUAAGUGAUUCUGAAGAUGAAGCCGAAGCACCAGUGAAAACAAAUGCAACAAACAAGCCUGAUUCUUCCAAUCAGGCUGUGAACAGUUCCUCGGGCAGUGGGAUACAUUCAGAUACAAGCGUGAGCAGCUCUGGCGGCAGUGCUGGGGGCAACAAUUCUAAUCCUGGGCUCAGUUCUGUGUCCAGCUCAGGAUACAUGAGCCCCAGUGUGAUCACUCUCGACAGCCCCUCCCCACCUGCAACACCAACGCCACCAGCACCAGCUGUACCACCUGUACAGCCCUUGCCAGGUCGGAGCCCUGGUCUGCGAAUGCCGCCUCCAAUAUUUCCAAAUUCUAUGUACCUUUCUUCUGUACCCACAUUCCUGGAUCUUGAUUCAGAUUCCAACAGCCCACAGUCGUCCAAUGCAGGCCCACUGUAUCCUCCUCGUUACUGAACUAAUGAUGUGUUCCGUUCCCUUGUUUAGAAAUAUGAUACAAAGUUUAAUUUCAAGAAACAAAUGUUAUGUGGAUACAGUCUUUCUUUUCUUUUUAUUUAUCUUUUUUCUAAUUUCAUGUGACUAUAAAAGUGGCAUUUUUGUUUUUUUCCUGUGGUGUAUCACCAGAACUGUAUAUACGUGCAUAGUGAGCUUGUGCAAAGAGACGCAGUGUUUUAGAACUGUGUCCUUGUAUGAAAGUUGUAUAGUGGAAUGAAUGUGAUUACUUGAGUUAACAUGCAUCUAAAACCUAGUUGUAUUGUUCUUAUUUCUAGUGUAAGUUUUUGUUAUUUAUUUUUUUUUAUUAAGAGUCAAGACACUACCCAGAAGUAAUUUCAGUGCCUUCAAAUUGACUUGCAUGUCUUGAAUAUUUAAUGUCCUUAAAUUUGUAUUUAGUGUUCUUCUCCAUCUUUAGGGUACAGUAUUAUUUGAAACUAUUCUAAGAAAUAAAAACAUAUUCUAAA